GAUAGCAGAGCUGAGUCAAUUGACAAGAAAAUCGCUAGGCUUGAUGCAGAACUAGUGAAGUAUAAAGAUCAAAUGAAGAAGAUGAGAGAGGGGCCUGCAAAGAACACAGUAAAGCAGAAAGCGUUGAGAGUUUUAAAGCAGAAGCGAAUGUAUGAGCAACAGCGGGAUAAUCUGUCACAGCAGUCAUUUAACAUGGAACAAGCUAAUUACACUAUUCAGGCACUGAAGGAUACAAAGACAACGGUUGAUGCAAUGAAACUGGGGGUGAAGGAAAUGAAGAAAGCUUACAAGCAAGUCAAAAUUGAUCAAAUUGAGGACAUACAAGAUCAGUUGGAGGAUAUGAUGGAAGAAGCCAAUGAAGUCCAGGAAGCACUGAGUCGUAGCUAUGGAACACCAGAGAUAGAUGAAGAUGACUUGGAAGCAGAACUGGAUGCGUUAGGUGAUGAGCUUUUAGCCGAUGAAGACAAUUCCUACUUAGAUGAGGCUGCAUCUGCUCCAGCAAUCCCAGAGGUCACUCCUACUGACACGAAAAACAAAGAUGGUGUACUGGUGGACGAGUUUGGAUUGCCGAAGAUCCCUGCAACAUAAACGUUCCGGGAGAACAAUGGAUAUAACGAACUACACUUCACAAAUCAAAUUACGAAUUUCUUUUUCAAUCCUGGAGAACUCGUCCUUCCAGUGUAACUUUAAUAUUAAUCACUACGUCCUAGAACGCA